CUUAGAGGAAUUCCGAUCCAUGAUAACAGGGCGUUCUUCGAUCAUCCCAUUUGACACAAACCGAGCGUCUAAUUUUCAAGAAAAGGAAUCCCAAAAGCGAUUGAGUUGUCAGAUACUGUGGCAUGAGCGACGCAACAUACGGCGGUAACUACGCUCCACUCGAGCCAGAUGUAGAGCUGAGCACACGAAACAGCGUGUCCAAAUACGCAGACGAGGCCGAAUUCGUCUCGAAAGAGUUGCCGGAAAGACCGCCAUGGAGAGCGACCCGCACUGCAGAUUUCAAACAUGGAUGGCGUUUCGGCGUAUCUUUAGGCGUGGGAAUGUGCUUCUUCGUCUUCAUUCUUAACAUCACACUUACCGUCUGGGGUUCACUCCGCAGCAAAGCAAAUGAUGGGCAUAUAUUCCGCGGAAGCUGCAAAGAAGCGAAACAAUACAAUAUGGGCAUUCAUAUUGUGAUCAACGUUUUAAGCACUCUAGUCUUAGGAUCCAGUAAUUACGCUAUGCAAUGUCUGUGUGCGCCAACCAGAAGGGAGAUCGAUCGAGCGCAUCGAGACGGACACCUGCUCGACAUUGGCGUGCAGAGUUUCCGGAAUUUACGGACUGCCAGACCGCUUAAGCGCUGGAUAUGGAUUGUGCUUGCGGUUUCUUCAUUACCGUUACACCUGCUGUACAACUCGAUGUUCUACUCGACAAUUAUCAACAACGAUUACGACCUCUAUUUCGCUUCAGAAGACUGGCUUAACGGCGCCUGGUACGACUCAUAUCAUAUUCCCGCUGGUGGCAUUACGUAUAUAGAAUAUGUGUCUCAAUCAAGCUACGAUGUCACAGCUUACUACGACUCAGAUCCUGCUGCUAUUGUUUCCGCUUAUCAGCGUGACUCUACGCAAUUCGAAAGAAUGGAUCCUGCCUCUUGCACCAAGACAUAUGCAAACUCAUAUUUGUCCGAUUACAGCAACGUCAUCUUGAUCUCCGAUUCCGUUGGAGACCACAACGCUACAUCGUCUAUAACCUCCAACAAUAUAACACGACCCUCUUCGUUGCGUUGGGUGACAGCAAGCGCCUCUAAUCCGGAAUUGUGGUCGAACAACAACCGUUUUGCAUGGCUGUGUUACUGGGUAGAAACAAUCUGUACUAAUGCGUUAGCCCAGAAGGAAGCUGCCAUUGAGCCUUGGACUAUAUAUGGCUACGAGGUCAGCGGAUGUGUGAGCCAGAAAGUUGAGGAAAAGUGUAGUGUCAAUUUCAACCUGACCAUUGGUAUCAUUGUUAUUAUAACAAACCUGGCAAAGACACUUUGCAUUCUCGCAGUCUGCCUCCUAUUAACUGAUCAGCCUCUGAUCACUAUAGGUGACGCAGUCAACUCUUUCCUGCACUCUCCGGACCAGUCGACGAAAGAAUGGAGCCUGAUGACCCAGGAAGAGAUCAAGUUGCAAUGGACAGAUCUUCAGCGAAAGGGCGAACGUCCAUACCCGAAAUUAUACCGCGUGCAAAAUGUACGUCGAUGGAGAGCGGUGACACGCAAGAGCUGGAGAAGUUUCCUGGUUCUCUUCUGCACGGCUCUCAUCAUCGUCAUAGCCCUCCUCUCCUAUUCCAUGGCCAAUCUCGACGACAAGUCUUUCAACGCCCUUAAGGACCUUGGCUUCGGUACUGCAACUGCCGGCAACGUAAUCCAAGGAUGGAGCAUCCCCGUGGCAGGAUCCACCGCCCUCCUCGCCAACGUCCUCGUAGCCAACUCCCCGCAGCUUAUACUUUCCGGCCUCUACCUCAGCUUAAACGACUUGCUGACUCGCAUUCAACUGGCUGUAGAAUGGGCCAGUUACUCCAUCGAGCGUAAGCCCCUACGCGUCUCACAUGAUCGUACAGGAGCCCAGCGCUCAACGUAUUUCCUGCAGCUUCCCUAUCGAUACGGUUUGCCAUUAAUGGUCAUUUCAUCGACAAUACAUUGGUUGAUCUCACAGAGCAUAUUUCUUGUAAAUAUUGACACCUUCAACUCCGCAGGACAUCCAAAAGUCGACGAGCCGUCGAUAGCAACAUGUGGAUACUCGCCCCUUGCUAUGAUCUGCACGCUUGUCGCCGGAGCUUUGGUCGUCGUAUAUGUGAUAUCGAUAGGGGCUAGACCGUUGGAAAGUGCCGGGAUGCCGUUGGUCGGGUGUUCUAGUGUUGGUAUUGCCGCUGCAUGUCAUCCACCUAGAGAAGGAAAUCAUGAGCAAGAGGCGUUGAUGUGGGGCGCAUUGACCGAGGGACUGCUCGAUGAAAGCGCUACAGCUUAUGGGGAGGAUCAUGUUGGGCACUGUACUUUCUCAAGCUCCGCUGUUGAUAGCCCUGUUGUAGGGAGGUUGUAUUCGUAGUCAGUAAUAUGGUUCCCUUAUGACUUACAAAUCAAGCUCCGC